AUGGCUUUGGAAAGAAUGGAAAGCGAGCCGUGUUUAAUUGGUGAUGCAAGUACACAGCACAGUUUACCAACAAUUGAUGGAAAACAUAGCGACCUCAUUUCCAUAGAAUCUAAAACCGUGGGUCGGUUACUGCAAGGAGAAUAUUCUCAAGAUUAUACCAUUAUAGACUGUCGCUACCCUUACGAGUUUGAUGGCGGUCACAUUCAAGGAGCUAUGAAUAUAUUUACAGAGGAAGGAAUUCGAUCUUUUUUGGAGAACCAGAGAGCGAAUGUUAUAUGUAAACGUCAAGUUUUAGUCUUUCAUUGUGAAUUUUCAUCAAAAAGAGGUCCCAAAUUAAUGAGAUUGCUCAGAAGUCUAGAUCGUAAAGAAAACAGUCAUCGUUACCCAGAGUUGUAUUAUCCAGAAAUUUAUCUUUUAGACGGAGGUUAUAAAGCUUUCUACGAAUGUAACAAGGCUCAAUGUAAUCCCCAGGCUUAUCUACCAAUGCUUCACGAAGACCACUCGAGUGAUCUCCGCCAUUUUCGUACCAGAUCUAAGUCCUGGACAGCAGGUGAAAAGCGCAGUCGGUCGCGCCGAGUCGCCCAGUCGCCAUACUAA